AGCACCCCCCCCGACACCCCAUCCCUUGCCCCCCUACCCCGAAGCGGACUCAAGAUGCCGGUGAUGAAGGGGCUCCUGGCCCCCCAGAACACCUUCCUGGACAACAUCGCCACUCGCUUCGACGGCACCCACAGCAACUUCCUGCUGAGCAACGCGCAGGGCCAGCGCGGCUACCCCAUCGUGUACUGCUCGGACGGCUUCUGCGAGCUGACGGGCUUCACGCGCACCGAGGUCAUGCAGAAGAACUGCAGCUGCCGCUUCCUGCACGGCGCCGACACCAGCGAGCGCGUGGCCCAGCAGAUGGAGAAGGCCCUCGAGGGACGCCAGGAGUACCAGGCCCAGGUGCACUUCUACCGGAAGAACGGAGUAAGCUUCUGGUGCCUGCUGGACAUUGUGCCCAUCAAGAACGAGAAGGGCGAGAUGGUCCUCUUCCUGUUCUCCUUCAAGGACAUCACCGACAGCCACGGGAAAUGUCACCACAACAGCAGGAGGGAAGUUUCGGAGGAGGACAAACAUCGGCGGAGGAAGGGCAGCUCCCACCUGAGCGAGGCCCGCAAGCGAGGGCGCAACCUGUUGUACCAGCUCACCACCCGCUUCUCCCGGGGCGGCAAAGGCGACGUCAACCUGGGCGGAAGCGCGACGGAGCGGCCGUCGGUUCCGGAGUACAAGGUGGCGGCGGUGCAGCGGUCUCGCUUCCUGCUGCUGCACUACAGCGUGUGCAAGGCGCUGUGGGACUGGCUCAUCCUGCUGGCCACCUUCUACGUGGCCGUCACCGUGCCGUACAACGUCAGCUUCACGCCCUACGAUGACACCGUCGCCGCCGCGCGCUCCACCAUCGUCAGCGACAUCGCCGUGGAGAUGCUCUUCAUCACAGACAUAAUCCUGAACUUCCGCACGACCUUUGUGAGCCAGUCUGGUCAGGUGGUGUACCAGUCGCGCUCCAUUUGCAUUCACUACGCCACCACUUGGUUCUUUGUGGACCUGGUGGCCGCGCUGCCCUUUGACCUCCUCUAUGCCUUCAACAUCACAGUGACGUCGCUGGUGCACCUGCUGAAGACGGUGCGUCUGCUGAGGCUCCUGCGACUGCUCCAGAAGCUGGACCGCUACUCGCAGUACAGCGCCAUGGUUCUCACGCUGCUCAUGUCCGUGUUCGCCCUGCUGGCGCACUGGAUGGCCUGCAUCUGGUACAUGAUCGGGCGCAAGGAGCUCGAUACCAGCGAGUCCUGGGAAAUCGGAUGGCUCCACGAGCUGGGCAAGCGUCUGGAGACCCCCUACGCCAACACCACAGUGGGGGGCCCGUCAGUACGGAGUUCGUACAUAGCCGCCCUCUACUUCACCCUUAGCAGCCUGACCAGCGUGGGCUUCGGCAACGUCUGCGCCAACACGGACGCGGAGAAGAUCUUCUCCAUCUGCACCAUGCUUGUGGGCGCGCUGAUGCACGCCCUGGUCUUCGGGAACGUGACUGCCAUCAUCCAGCGCAUGUACUCGCGCCGCUCCCUCUACCACACCCGCAUGAAAGACCUGAAGGACUUCAUCCGCGUGCACGGGCUGCCCCAGCAGCUCAAACAGCGGAUGCUCGAGUACUUCCAGACCACCUGGUCCGUCAACAACGGCAUAGAUGCCAACGAGCUCCUGCACGACUUCCCCGACGAGCUUCGCGCCGACAUCGCCACGCACCUGAACAAGGACAUCCUGCAGCUGCCCGUCUUCAAGGGCGCCAGCCGCGGGUGCCUGCGCUCGCUCUCGCUGCACAUCAAGACCUCCUUCUGCGUGCCCGGCGAGUACCUGAUCCGCCAGGGCGACGCGCUUCACGCCAACUACUUUGUGUGCUCCGGCUCCCUGGAGGUGCUCAAGGACGGCAUGGUGCUGGCCAUACUGGGAAAAGGCGACCUGAUCGGCUGCGACCUGCCGGAGAGCGAGCAGGUGAUCAAGACCAACGCGGACGUGAAGGCGCUGACGUACUGCGACCUUCAGUACAUCAGCGUGCACGGGCUGAGGGAGGUGCUGCAGCUUUACCCCGAGUACGCCGGCGUCUUCGCCUCCGACAUCCACAACAACAUCACCUACAACCUGCGCGUGGGCAGCCAGGACCAGGAACCGCGACGGACGCCCACGGCGGAACGCAAGCGCGAGGAUUCCUCGGACUGCUUCCACUUGUCUCCGUCCACGCGGUCCCGCCACAACCUGUUGCUGCCCAGCCUCAGCAGCCCCGUGCGCCGCACCUCCCUGGGAAACCUGCUGGGCGACGAGCUGCGGCAGUUUAACGCGCUGCGACGCUGCCGCUCGCCCAACCUCGGGCGCGGCUUCCUCGGCCGCGGCGGCGGCUCGUCUCGGACGCCGGCCAAACCGGAGCGCGACGCCUCUCUGGCCGACGCCGGCGACGAGCGCAAGCCUUCGAAGCUCCUCAUCCCCACCGUCACCUGCUUUGGACCACCGGAACUUAGUUCGAGGGUCGUGGACGGCGUCGAGGACAACGGGCGAGCGUUCCAUUUCAACGUGGAGCACGCCGGGCCCAAAGCCAGAAGAGGAAGCGGCGGAACACGAGAUUCCACGCAGGUGAACGCCCAUGUGCUGCUGGAGACCGACGAGGUCCGGCAGAGCAUCGGUCAGCUCCACCAGAAGCUGGGCGACUUAAACCAGGAAGUAUCGGAGCUGGCCAGCGGCCUGUGCCGCAUGACGCACCUCCUCCAGGCCCACGUGAGCGCCCAUCAGAACUCGCAGCUCCACCAACAGCAGACGGCGCCCGCCCACCCGGUCCACAGUAGCCACCCGGGCGCCGCCGCCCAAUGUCACCGCGCCGCCUCGGCCGCGCCGCCGGCGCCGUGGACCCGAGAAGGCUUCCCCGGCGGAGGCCUCGUCUGCCCGACCGCCAUCAGCCGAUCCCAGCCCGCUUUGUGCCCGCGGCCCGACGCGGACCCGCUCGCCGCCCCCCCGUCUCCCGGUUCGUACCCUCUUCUCGGCCUGUGCCCAACCCCGCACGAGGAUAUUCACGGUUUAAUCCGACACUCGCAUCCUCGUUUCCUCCCUGCUUCUACGUCCGCGCUACCGGUCCCCUCUUCGCUCCAAGUGGACCACCCCGGUCUGGACCACUCCAGCCUGGAGUGCCUGCUGGGCGGCCGUAGGGACAGCGAAAGCACGUCCAGGUCCAGCGUUGGCGUGCAGACGCAGAGCAGCGAGCAGUCGUGGUGUCUGGACCUCACGGAUUGAAAAACAAACUGUUUCCAAAAAAAAAAAAAAAAAAAAAAAAACAACUGGUGGGACCCUGCCCUCCUGCCCUCCCCACUAGUCCCUCACUUGGGGCAACCAGGCUCGCAUGGUUGUCCAACCUCAUGUAGUUUUUUACGGAGGGAAUGUUUAGGCACUCCCAAAAAAAACUUUGCUCACAGAUUCAAAUAAACAAAGAAACCAGUCAAAUUGUAAGGAAAAGAGAAAUUCAGAGUAUCAUGAGAGAAAUCCUCAUCACUUUACUUUACUUUCGGGGGGGUGAAAAUGACUUUAUUUCUUUCUUUAUUUUUGAAACCAUGCAACUUUGUUCUCAUAACGUUCCGAUGUAAUAUUUCGAUUAGAUUCUCGCAGCAUUGUUUUAUUUUGUUCCUUUUUCUCUCCAUGGCUCCAAUUCUUUUGAGCGUUUCUAUGCAAAGGCCCGCCUUUUCUUGUGCUUUUACUGACGACACAGGCUCUUGUAGUUUACAGCCAACAUUUUCUCCCCGCGUUACGUCCUCGCAUGGUAAAAGGAUUUAUGUAUUCCCUCCGCCCCCCCAAGAUAAAAGUUCCCGAACGGUUUUGCCCGCAUUCGAUGAGCCGCUCGCGUGUCGUGUUCAUGAUUUGCAAUGGAAUGUUUUUGCUUUUUUUUGGGGUGAGCGAGCAGAUUACGAAUACGCUCACACGGCAACUAAAUCAACCUCCCUGAGGGGACGGAUUUUAUUUAUGUUGGAUCAUGGCAGCGAAUCAAUAACAUCAAACAAUACAGGAAAUGAGAAAUUUCGAUGGAUGCCUCUUUUUUUAGAAUAAAGUAUCAAGCAAC